CGUUAUAUCUAGUCGUUCAGUUUAAUUUUGCCUUACUAGCGGGAAAUACGUAAAUAAAUUACGUAUGGUGGUGGGUUCUCGUUGUCGUUGUCGUUGUCGUUGUCGUCGUCUUCCUUUUCGCUUUUUUUUUGAAAUUUGUUUAAAGUCUCUUCCGAGGCAAUAAGGCUCUACUGCAGACCUAUUAUUAAUAACAUUUAAGCAGGAAAUUUUUAAUUAAUAAAUAAUAAAUAAUAAAAUACAGUAAAGCGGUAAAAAUGUAUCGGCUACUUUCGACGGUUAUAACGGCUUUAACGGUUUUAUCGUUCAAAGAAGUCAACUGCCUGUUACUAACCGAAAUCGAAGCACCAUCAGUGGUUGUUAUAGAAGACGAUAAUGUAGAUCCGAUACCAUUGAAUUGUCACUUCAAAGUGGAAGAGGAAAGCAACUCGCUUGUUGUAAAGUGGACCAAGGAUAAUAAUGUCAUCUUUCAAUAUAUCAAAGGACAUGGCACGUCCGUAAUUCCUGAAUUCAAAGAUGAAGUAGAAUCUUUAUCGAACGAGCUGAAUGACGAGGAGAGUGGCAUAAUGCUGUUAAAUCCAUCGAUCGAAUCGGCUGCCGUUUACAGGUGUAACAUACAAACGGAUAAGAAAACCGUAUGGAUGGAUAAAGAAGUACAUGUUAUCGAUAUACAAAACUACACGCAUACACUGAUACUGAAGAGAAUUCAAAAUGAAACACAUUUGGAUUGUGAAGUCGAAAAUGUAUAUCCGGAACCCACUUUGGUUAUACAAACCUUCGAUGGCGAGCCAAUUCCAAUUGUUUCAAGCAACGCCAGCACGCUUGGUAAUGGCAAAUUCAGCGCCAGUGCAAUUGCCGUUGUGCGAACUGAUGACGACAGCGCUGACGAAUAUCAAUGUGUGACCCUUUUCAGUGGUUUAUCAUUUAACUUAACAACGAUAGUAAUUUCAGGUUCUCCGUCCUUUCGGCGGCCUGAAUGGAGCCAUCUUUUAUUGACUGUUUUGAUAGCACUUGUUACUUAUGAAAAAUUUAGAUUUUAGCCAUGUCUUAUGCUUCUAACGCUUAUCUACUAACUUUUCUAAUUUAUUUGUUGGUUUUGUAAAUAUUUUUUUUUAUAUAUACGGUUAUAGCAAAAAUAUAU